ACGUUUGAAACAAAACAGUCUCAAACAAAACAACAACCAACUACUACAAAGUACAAACGCAACUCAUCUUUCCGGUCAAACCAAACAACCGAACAGAGGAAGAUGAGUUCUGUUGCAAAGAAUGGACUCAACAGUUACGUGAAACAGCUUCAAGAGCAUCCUUUGAGAACCAAGGUAAUUACAGCAGGGGUGUUGUCAGGGAUAAGUGACAUAGUGUCUCAGAAGCUUACUGGGAUACAGAAACUUCAAGUCAAAAGACUUCUUCUUAAAGUGCUUCUUGGAGCCGGUUAUCUUGGACCGUUUGGGCACUACUUUCAUAUAAUACUGGAAAAGAUUUUCAAAGGAAAGAAAGAUUCAAAAACUGUGAUCAAGAGGGUUCUGAUUGAACAGUUGACAUCUUCUCCUUUGAACAAUUUGAUUUUCAUGAUAUACUAUGGAUUAGUUAUUGAAGGCCAACCUUGGGUCAAUGUGAAAGCUAGAGUGAAGAAGGGUUAUCCAUCAGUGCAGAAAGCAUCAUGGACGUUCUGGCCUGUUGUUGGGUGGAUAAAUUACAAAUUCAUGCCUCUUCAUUUCCGUGUUGUUUUCCACAGCUUAGUAGCAUUUGUCUGGGGAAUAUUUUUGAACCUUCGUGCACGAUCUAUGACAUUGACUAAAUCUUGAGGGAAAUGAGAUUCCAAUAUAUAGUAGAUGCUCCUACUAGUACUCCUUUAGUAUUUUGUUUUGUCCUUAUUUUAUUUGUGUGUUUGUGUGUAAUUGUCGAAGAGUAUUGGAGAUGAAACAGUAAUCAAGCAAGACAUUAUUGUUUAUUGCAACUUUGUUCAUUAGAGAAUACAUUUUUUUUGGGAAA